AUGCGAGGACUUCAACAGAAACGUAUUCUACAAGCUUUGCGUUACAGGGUUGCUCAUUUCUCUGCUAUAAGUAGUGAUGAGAUGAGUCUUGCUAUUGAUGCUCUUGGAAAAAUCUCUCCAUGGAAGGAAGCUUGGAGUAUUGAGGCUAAGAUCUUGACCAUUUGGGAAGAUGCUAUGAUUGUUGAUGAAAAUAUGCAGAAACUCUUACACAUGGUCUUGAUGGAUAAGCAGUUAAAAGAAGGAGAAGUGUUCAUUAUUUCCGAUUUCAAAGUGAUACCUAAUCGUGGAUUGGUCAGGGUUACAAGACAUCGAUUUCGCAUCAUUUUCAAGUGUAGUACUUCUGUUGUUGCUGCUAUAAGUACAGUCAUACCCAACCCUGGUUUAAGUGUAACUUAUAUGGACCAGAUUCUUCAGAAGUGCGUUGAUUAUGAGUACUUAAUAGAUUUCGUUAGGGUCCUUUGUGGAUUGAAAAAGAGAAGGGAUGUUGAGUGUAAUGGAAAGAUAUUGAAAGUUCUGACCCUUGAAGUUUUUGCUGAUGGGAAGAAAAUCUCCUGCAAUUUUGUUGGUGCUUGUCCUGCUCUUAUAGACAUGAAUACUUUGAAAAGGUACCAGAGACCACCUGUUGUAAUUCUGCAAUCUUUCAAGAUCAAAGUUAAUGGAGAUAAAUUCAGUCUCCAAAAUGUCAUCAAUAUUUCCCGAGUUUUGAUCAACCCUGAUAUAUAUGGUAUUGCGAGCCACCAUUUCAGUAGACUCCGUAGUAAUGAGGUUGGGGAUUUAGAUGGACAAUUCUUUGUGGUUGGAAAAAUUAAGGAGAUUGUUGAAGAUCCGGAGUGGUAUUUUUUUUCUUGUGUUUGCGGUCAUCCUAUUGUAGGUGAUGAUAAUGUGUUCCAUUGUCAGCUAUGCAGCAGAGAGGUUCAGCAUUUUAUGAUAAGUUACAGGAUUAAGAUACUUGUUGAAGACGGUACUUCUUGUGGAAUGUUUGUCUUGUUAGACAGCCCAGCCACUAAGCUAUUAGGGAGAACCUGUUCUGAUGUGUUUUUGUUGUUAGAAGAUGAAAUCGAUGAUGUUAGUUCUGAUUCGGCCUUUAGCCCAAUAUUUGAAGACUUCUCUCGGUAUGGACAACUUAGAAGUUAUGAUAACCAAGUCAUAUCUGGUGUUCCAAUACAACUGCAUGGCAUUAAAGAGAUGCUUGCUGGCAUUCUUUGUGCUAUGAUAUAUUCUUCUGCAUCAAGAAAUGUUAGUAUUUAUGUUUUUGUUUUCAACCAUCUGAACUGUGUUUCAAAAUGUGUAGUAUGA